AUGUGGGGUCCCCUGGCCUGUGCCGCGCGAGCCCCCACUUUCUGUGUGUGCGCCACAGCACGAGCCCCCGGGUUCCUGAGCGCGCGGGGUCAGCCCUCCCCCUGGCACCCGCGCCGCGAGCCCCCCUUUCUGCCCACGCGGCGCGAACACCCCCUUCUUAAGCACGCGGGUCCCCGCCACCCGCGGCGCGAGCCUCCCUUCUUUCGCACGUGGGGACCCCUGGCAUGCGCGGCGCGAGCCCCUGCUUCCUGGGUACGUGGAAAGAGUCCCCACAUUUUGCGCACGCGAGACCGCGCACGCAGCGCGGAGCGAGCCCCUCCUCCGGGGCACGCGGCGCGGCGCGAGUUCCCCUUCCGGUGCGCUGGAGGCCCCACUUCUUGCGUGCGCGGCAGAAGACCCCCACUUAUGGCGCACGCGGCGCGGCGCGAGACCCCCGGUUCCUGCGCCCGCGGGGUCAUCCCUCCCCUGGUACGCAUGGCGCGAGCCCCUCCUUUGACCACGCGGCGCGGCGCGAGCCCCCCCUUCUUAAACGCGCGGGUUCCCGCCACCCGCGACACGAGCCCCCCUUCCUUGGCACGCGGUGACCCCCGGCACGCGUGGCGUGAGCCCCUGCUUCCUGGGUACGUGGAGAGAGCCCCCACUUCUUGCGCGCGCGGGACCCCUCGGGACUCGCAGAGCGAGCCCCACUUCCUGCGCACCCCGGGGUCAACCCUUCCCGUCCGCGCGCGGCGCGAGACACCCCUCUGGCGCACGCUGCGCUGUCGUGGCUUGAGCAUCCUCGUUACUGCAUGCGCGGGCCAGCCCUCUCCCCGGCACGCGCGGCGUGAGGCCCCCCUCUUCCGGCCCACGCGGCGCGGCGCGAGCCCUCCCUUCUUGCGCGCCCGAGGUCUCCCGCCACCCACGGCGCGAGCCCCCCUUUCUGGGCGCCUGGUGCGACCCACCCCUUCGUGCGCGCGCGGGGAUCCGCGGCACGCGCGGCGCGAGCCUCCACUUACUGCCCGCGCGCUGUGGCGCGAGCCCUCCAGUUCCUGCGCGCGCGGGGUCAGCCCUCUCCCCGGGCACGCGCGACGCGACUCCCGUCCCCUUCUUGCCCACGCGGCGCGGCGCGAGCCAUCCNCCCCCCCCCCCACUCCUGCACACGCGGCGCCGCGCCAGCCCUCACUUCCUGCGCGCGUGGUGCUGCACAAGCCCCCCGGUUCCUGCGCGCGCGGCUCCAGCACCCUCUUUCCUGGGCACGCCGGCCAGCCAUACCCCCGGCACGUGCGGCGCCAGCCCCCCUUCCUGCCCGCGAGGUGCAGCGCGAGACACCGCUUCCUGGGGGCGUGGCGCGAGCCGCUCCCUUCUUGCGCGGGCGGGGCCCCCCGGGACUGGUGUCCUUCCCCGCACUGGCAGGGUUCUCCAGUUGAGGGCCGUGUUUCCUCAACUCCCAAGAAGUGGGUCCCCACCCACGGUCCGUGUGUCCUCAACCGCGUAAGGAGAGGUCCCCACUCGCCGGCCGCGGCCUCAGCUGGGCAGGCAGGGGUCCCGACCCGUGGUGCGCACGCCCAGGAAAACACAGAGACGGGUCCCGACUCGCGGGCCUGGCAUCCUCACCGGGAUACACAGGGGUCCGCACCCGCAGGCGUCCCCACGCUCGGGCAGUGCGCCCUUACGCACAGGCAGGGCUUCUCAGCGGCGGGCCGUGGGCCUUCCACCGUUCACGCAGUGGUCCCCACUCGCAGGCCGCGCGCCCUCGAGCACACACAGAGGGCUCCCAACUCCCGGGCCACGCACCAUCAACCGCGCACGAAUAGGUCCUCAAGGCUGUCCGCGCUUCCUCAACUGCACACCAAGGAUGCCCCACCUGUGGGCUCUGCGCCCUCAACCGCGCACGGAGUGGUCCUCACCACAAGGCUGUGCGCCCUCCACGCCCAGGAAGGGCGUCCCCACUCGCCGGCCAUGGGCCCUCAACUGCGCACGGAGGGGGUCCCCACUCGCGGCAGCGCGCCCUCAACUGGGCACGGAGGAGGAAGCCCCACCCGCGGGCCCGGCGCCCUCAACCACCCACGGCAAGGUCCCCACCGAAGUAUGGGGGCCCUGCAAAACGCACAGACGGGUUCCUACUCGGGCCAGACGUCCUCACCCUCACACGGAGGGGUCCCCAUCUACGACGGGCCGUGCACCCCCAACUCCCACGAAGGGGUCCCCACUGGCGGGCCGCACGCCGUCAACCUCCCACGGAGGACCACCCGUGGGCCGCGGGCUACCAACUGCGCACCUAGGCGCGCCCUGAAAAAACGCACAGACGCCUCCCUACUUGGGGGCCCAACAUCUUCACCCACAAAGGGAGCCCUACUCGCGGGCCGCGCGCGCUCAACUGCGCGCGGAAGGGUCUCCACCCGCGCAGUACUCGCGGGCCCUGAACCACUUAGGGAGGGGUCCCCGGCCGUGCGCCCUCACUUCCCAAGAAGGGGGUCCCCACCCGCGGGCCGGGCGCCCUCCUUCGCACACCGAAGGUUGCCCCCCACCCCCCGGCCGCGCGAGUCGCGCGAUCACCCAGGCAGCGAGCAGAUCUCAAGCGGUGGCAGCGCGCACGAUGCGCACGGAGGCGGGGCCGCGGGCCGAGGCCGGCGGGGAGGCCGAGGCGACCCCGGGGCCCGCGGGUCGGGGCCCGGGACGCAGCUGCAGGAGGNACCUUACCCCGGUGCUACGUUGACCUUACCCCGGUGGACGCGGUGCGAGCCCCCCGUUCCUGCCCGCGCGGCGCAAGAACCACCCCCCCUUCCGCGCGCGGGGCCCUCCGCCACCGGCGGCGCUAGUCCCCCUUAUCGCACGCGCGAAGCCACCCCCGGCACGCGUGGCGAGAGCCCUCGCUUCCCGGGCGUGCGGCGCGGCGCCUUCCCCAAGGUUCCCGCGCACGCGGGGUCAGUCCUUCCCCGGGAGCGCAACGCGCUAGCCCCGCCCCUUCCUGCGCACCAGGCGCGACGCGAGCCACCACUUCUAGCGCGCGCAGAACCUCCCGUCACGAGCGGCGCAAGCCCCCUGUUCCUGAGCUCGCGGCGCAGCGUGAGCGCCUCGGUUCUUGCGCGCGCGGGGCCAGCCCUCGCCCGGGCGCGCGCGGCGCGAGCCCCUCCUUUCCUGCGCGCGCCGCGAGUCAACCCGCACCUUCUUGCGCGCGGGGCGCGGCGCGAGCCCUCACUUUCUCUGCGCGCGCCGCGGCGUGAGUCCCCCCCGUUUCUGAGCGCGCCGGGUCAGCCCCCUACCCCCCGGGACGCGUGCCCCUCCCCCUUUCCUGCGCGCGUGGCGCGAGACGCCGGUUCCUGCGCUCGCGGGGCCAGCUCUCCCCACGGCACGCGCGGCGCGAGACCCCCGUUCCCCGCGGAGCUAGCUCUUCCCCCGGCGCGCGCAGCCCGACGCUGCCACUUCCUGCGCACGCGGCGCGAGCCCCCACGCAGCGCGUCCUCCCGGCUCUCUCCCGCCCCGGGCCGGCACUUUCCUUGUAAGUUGCAGCGCAAGUUUGCCCGCGGCCGGCAACGGGGGCGCCGAGACUCUCCCUCGCUCUCGGCCGGCUGGGCUUCUCCGGAGCGUAUGGGCGCGGGUCAGGCGGGCCCGGGGGCCUGA